CACACCUGACACACACUCCCCCCACCCCACCCCACAACCUAUCCCCCUUUGCUUCAUCUUCCCCAAAGCUCCAAUUCCAAACCCUCUCACCAAAACCAAAAGCUUUAAACAGCAACAACAAACAAACCCUCUUUGACUCAUCCAACUUAUAAUCUGUAUGUGGGAUACAGCAAAGCAUCAAGAUUGCUUACAGGAGUUGUACGUGUUGCAUAAUCUCUUGUACAUUUUGUCAUCUUCUCUCUCAUUAAUCCCCAAAAACAAGCCGAACCGUUGAACGUUUUUCUCUCCGUUUCUCUCUCUCGCUCUAUAUCAUCUAUCUUAUAUCUCCUCUCUCUCUGUAACUAAAGUGAAGGUUUUUACUCACUGUUCAAAAAAAAAAAAUAAAAAAAAUCCCACCUUUUCCUUCUCCCUCCGCUUCUUUCUCUCUCUAAAAUUCGAUGCUUUUUUUGUUGUAGAGAGAGAAAGGUGAAGCAAACAAAAAUGGUGGUCGAGUGACUGAGAGCGACUGUGUUUUGUUUUUGUUUUCUUUUUGAAAUAAAAGUGUUUUUUUACUGGGUUUAUACACCACCAUGGAUACAGUUGAAGCUACGAAAAUGGUGAUGUCAAGGAUCCAAAAAUUAGAUCCAGAAAAUGCUUCAAAAAUCAUGGGAUACAUACUCAUACAAGACCAAGGAGAAAAUGAGAUGAUAAGGCUGGCGUUUGGCCCAGAAAACCUUCUGGUUUCCGUCAUAAAACAAGCCAAAAAUUUCUUAGACAUUUCGUCGAAUGCUUCUUCUGCACCUUCGACUCCUUCGCUGUUUAUGCACCGAAAUUCCCCUCAAAUCAUCAUUCCCAACAAUGGGUUUCAUCACAUGAACCCAUCUUCGCCGAGUUCGCCUUGGUCUUUAUCUGGGUCUUUCCCCGAUCAUCAUCAUCACCGUGGUAGCCCUCGUCCGGCUUCUUACGCUGCUGUGGUAAACGGUGGUGGUUCUUCUGCUUCGUCGUUUUACAACAAUUUUAACGAUCCCACCGAGGAGUAUAGUACUAACAAUGGACUGCAAGUUGUUCCCGAUCAGCUUUCCUUCUUCGACGAAUCUAAAAAUGUCGACUUUAUAGACCCAAUGGUGAGCCCCGGUGGUCGUAGUGACUCGGUUCUCUUCCCCUACCCUAACGAUAGUUCAAAUUGGUCUGUCGAAACGGGUAACUGUGGCGACUUGCAUCACCAUCAUCUACACCGGAGGAGUUGCUCGGUGAACGAUGUUUUUCUUGGCGGUGGAGGCGGAAACGACGAUAUGGGUGGUGGCUGGAGACCUUGCAUGUACUUCGCUCGAGGGUUUUGUAAAAACGGUACUUCCUGUAAGUUCGUUCAUGGUAACGGCGGUUUCGGGGAAGAACUAGGGCUCGGUUCAUCUUCACCUACAGCAGUCGCCGGUUCUCCCACCGGAAAAAUCGAUGCUUUCGAAGAUUUGCUUAGGUUUAAAGCCAUUCAACAGCAGCAGCAACGAAUUGCAGCCAUGACCGGAGGCGGAGUUCCUCCUUUUCCUUUCAACAGGUGCAUGAACUUUCUCAAUGAGAAUCCUAGAUCAGCAGCAGCAUUGAUGAUGGGAGAUGAAUUUCACAAAUUUGGUCGUUGUCGACCUGAUCGGAAUGAUUUUUUAGGGUUUGCGAAUUCAAAUUCAAGUUCGCGACAAAUUUACUUGACAUUUCCAGCUGACAGUACUUUCAAAGAAGAAGAUGUUUCAAAUUACUUCAGCAUGUUUGGACCUGUUCAAGAUGUGAGAAUCCCAUAUCAACAAAAACGAAUGUUUGGAUUUGUCACGUUUAUGCUUCCUGAAACUGUCAAAGCGAUUUUAGCAAAAGGAAAUCCACAUUUUGUAUGUGAUUCACGGGUUCUUGUUAAGCCUUAUAAAGAAAAGGGCAAAAUCCCAGACAAGAAGCAUCAGCAACAAAUUGAAAGAGGAGAUUUUUCUGGGUGUUUGAGUCCAACUGCAAUUGAAUCUGCUGAGCCAUUCGAUCAUAUCCCCUUUGGUGCACGAAUGUUUAAUCAUGAGAUGAUUUUGAGAAGAAAGUUAGAGGAACGUGCAGAAUUACAACAUGCAAUUGAAAUCCAAGAUAGAAGAAUGAUGAAUUUGCAAUUAAAUGAGCUAAAAAAUCAUCAGUUUCACCACAAUUUAUCUGCUUCUUCAACGUUUUCAUCAGAUGUCAACAAUGAAGAUGUUUCUGGAGCAAAAAUUAGCACUGAAGAUGAUACAAAUUCACCAAGAGAUGAAUCCGAUCCAAAUGUGCCACCACCGGAAGUGAAGAAUGAUGGCGGGAAUAGUGGCGGCAAUGGCUCCGGGAAGGAGGAGAAAUCCGGUCAGAAUGAAACUGAUAAACAAGAAAGUUUUGAGCACAACCUUCCUGAUAACUUAUUUGCAUCACCUACAAAGUCAGCCGCCACCAACCACCAGACGAUUUUCUCGACUGAUACGCCGGAGGCUGAAACCGGCGGUGGUGCCGCCACCACCCGCCACCCUCCCACCUCUUCAACCGCCAUCGACAUGCGGGGUUCUAUCAAUUCAUGUUACUUCCAAAUGCCAAGCCAUUAAAAUGUAGGUGAAUUUAGCUGCAUUGUUGUCAUCAUGGAGCGAUUUAACUUUGCUUGGAGUAGGAGCAGGAUUAUAAAAAAACAACAUCAACAACAUCAAGAUUAUCAUCUUCAAAACCUCUCUCCCCAUACUACUUACAACUAUACAUAAUAUGCAAUACAUAAAAGAAAACAAGGAUAGAUGAACUGAUUUAAUGGGAGUAGGGUAUCUUUCUUUAUUUACUUUUGUACCCUUCCCUUCAAACUAUGUGCUGGACCCCCUCCCCCUCCCCCUCCCCACCAAACACUCAUUGAACCAUGCAUAUAACAAAUCAAAAGAAAAGGGUAGUAGUGGUUAGCAACUUUCUCUUUUUACUUAUGUGGUAAUUUCUUUUUCUGCCCUAGUAUGUUCAACUCUAUUGUAUGGUACAACUCUUAAUCCCUAAGGUACAACCAUUUGUAUACUUGAUUUGACCUUUCUAGUGUCCUUUUGAUCGUCAAUAUUGAUACAAGAUCCAAAAGGGUAAAUGAAUCGAGAUUUGACUGAUCUGAUCUUUUUAGUGUGAGUUGUACCUUGUGCAAUGGAAACUUGUACAUUUUUAUUUAAAGAUUAGUUUAGGCCUUUAGGGUAGUAGUCUUUUGUCCGAUUUUUUUGGUUUCUUUGAGGGUGGACAUGAAGGGUAUAGGUCCACCAUGUCACAUGGAGGCUGACAACCCAUUUUCAAUUGGUAUCUUCAGAGUACCAUUCACACACACACACACACUGCUUUCACUUUCAGUAUUUUCUGGCUUCAUUCACAUAUUAUUGUGUGUGAGUGUGUGUUUGGCCUUUUGUUUUGAUAGAUGCAUUAGUGCCUUUCUGUUUUGGCAUGUUUUCUCAAUUAUGGCUUGAUGGUACAUGUCCUUUCAAAGAGAUAACAAUAAUUUUAUGCAAGUUGUACAUCAUGCAAUAAAACUUGUACAUUUGGGCUUAGUCAAAAUGUCAAAUGGCUUACACUUAAAAACUGCCCUUGCAUGUAAAUGUUAUUCCUGUAGAGUUGAGGAUUUUGGGGCCCAAUUAGAGGAUACGUUUUGCAUACCUUUAUUGACUAUGGAUGAGGUACAACAAAAGAUGCACAUGGUACACCUCUAGAGUUAAAGAACCAUAGAUAAGGUGUAAGGUACAACCCGAGAUGCAUAAGGUACAACGCUUUAUUUAAUGACCUGGGAAUUUGAAUGUAGAGUUCAAGGUUUUGAGACUAAAAUGGGAGGAUGUGAAAUGGGGUUUCCAAUGCUAUAAUUGACCAUGGUUGAAGUACAACCAAUUAGGCAUGUGGUACAACAUUUUGAUGCGUGUUUUAGGGGUAGGUUUGGGUGAGAUGAUGUUGGUGGAUCUUUGCUGUUUCUCAGUCUCUUUCAUGAUUUCAUGAUUGUGUGGUGUUUUUUAUUUGAUUGAUGGGUUAAUCUUUAUAAAAAAAUAUACCACUCAAACAUAAAGUUAAGGAAUAUUAUAAUAAAAUGUAGGCAUG